AAAAAGUCAGUAGCAGCAGAAGCUGUGAGGAGUUUCAGCCGCCACAGUGAGACAACAUGGCUGCUAAACAACCCGGUGAGGACUGCAUGGACGGGCGCUCCGAGGCCCAGCGGGGGGGAUUCCUGCUGAGGAUCAGGGAGUUUAAACCAAAGGAGGUUUUCACUUGGCAGCUUCUCAAAACGCUGGCGAUGGGUCAGGGUCUGGCCGGGCUCAUCUGUGGUACCGCAGUCUCCUCUCAGUACCUGGCCGCAGAGUUUCACCUGAACACGCCGAUGCUGCAGAGCUUCCUGAACUACACGCUGCUGUGCGCCACCUACACCAGCAUGAUGAUCUGCAGGAGAGGGGAUGGAAAUAUCUUGCAGAUCCUUAGGAGAAGAUGGUGGAGGUACUUACUGCUGGGUCUGGUGGAUGUGGAGGCCAACUACACCGUGGUCAAAGCCUAUCAGUACACCACCCUCACCAGCGUCCAGAUGCUGGACUGCUUUAUCAUCCCGGUCCUAAUGAUUCUGUCCUGGUGGAUCCUGAAGACCCGGUACAGACUGAUCCACUACGUGGCCGUCUGCCUCUGUCUGCUGGGAGUCGGGGCCAUGGUGGGCGCUGACCUGCUGGCUGGAAGAGACCAAGGCUCCACCUCCAACAUCUUAUUAGGAGACGGUUUGGUUCUGCUCAGUGCUGCUUUGUACGCGGUGUCUAAUGUGUCUCAGGAGUACACAGUGAAGAACCUGAGCAGAGUGGAGUUCCUGGGGAUGGUUGGCCUGUUUGGGACCGUCAUUAGCACCGUCCAGAUGGUUAUCCUGGAGCGUAAUGAAUUGUCCAAUAUUAUCUGGAGCUGGCAAGUUGGGCUUCUGCUUGCAGCUUAUGCUCUGUGCAUGUACGCUCUGUACAGCUUCAUGCCCAUAGUGAUGAAGCUGAGCAGCGCCACCUCAGUCAAUCUCUCACUGCUCACUGCCGACCUCUUCAGCCUCUUCUGCGGGAUCUUCCUCUUCCAGUACAACUUCUCUGGACUCUACCUGGUCUCUCUUGUGGUCAUCCUCAUCGGCUUCAUCGUCUUCAAUGCUGUGCCGCCGCCCACCGCCGCCGCCGUCUCUUCUUCCUCUUCCUCAAUCUGCGAGGAAGGCUGCUAUGAGAAUCCUGGAGCGACUGAGGAUGACUCCAACAGAGAUGAAGAUCCAGGAAGGAUCCCCGCUGAGGUAGAGGAGGAGGAUGAAGAGCGGCGAGCGGAUAAAACAGAUUCAUCACAAAGCUUUAGAGAGGAAACUGAUGGAGAUCGUUCUGUUGAACAGAGCACGAAAAUGUGAACAGCUCAAGAGAGUUUUUUAAACAUUUAUAUAUUGAGUUUUCAUUGGUGUCGGUGUGCACUAAACCUCGUUUGGUUUGUGUCUGUCUCCGUCUCCCAGAGCCCUGAAAAUAAUUAAAUCAGAGCAGAAAAAUGAUGGCUGCAUACAAAAUAUUGGUAGUUCUUUAAAAAAAAUGUAAAAAAACAGAAAGGAGACAGGCUUUUUGUGGAUUUUGACCCAGAAAUAUAUACAUUUUCAUAAGACAGUUUAAGGUUAAUAAGGUUUAAUCCAAAAUCAAUAAGGUUUUGGAUUAAACUUUUUUUCUGCAUGUUCUCCUUCUGCAUUCACCAUACAUUGUUUUUUAAUAUUAUCAUUUUAAUGCUCUUUUAGAUAAAUUCACAAUAAAAUACAUUCAAGUUUGUCAUUACAUGAACAAAUUUGAAAAGUUCAAGGACUUUAAAAGUUUUAUAAGGCAAUUAAUAAUUUUCAAAUUUGCAUAUAUUUUGGUAAAACUGGUUAUAACCCCUUGGGGUAUUUGCAUAGAAGUUUUGUUAUAAUAUAAGACAGUUUUAUUGUAAACAGUAAAGUCCAUGAAAAUGUCAGGAUGCUAGAUUUUACAGCCAAACAUUGAAAUGCAAUGUAUUUUUUGUCUAUGUUCAUAAUUCUGCCUGAUUUAUGAACACAUUUAAAAUAUGUCACAUUACAUUUUUAAUACACAUUUCAGUUUAAAAUGACAUGCCUGUGUGUAAUAUUUUAUUAUGUAUUUAUUUUAUGAUGUGAUUAUGUUAAGUCAUUAAGAAAAUGCAUUUACACUUUAAUUAAAUGUAAUUUAAAUGUAAUUAAAAAUCAAAAAA